CAAAUCUGAGUGAAUCCCUUCAGUCCAUAGAAACUUAGAUCCUGCCGUAUACAAUGAUGUUAAGAAAACAUUUGACAGUUGCAUCAUUGCUGAUACUUGUGAUGAGUGUCUUCAGAGGACAUACCCUCACAUGUCAUCCCAUAACAGACUAUAUGUGGGCAAACACAUGCUGUUCUAUGUGUCCUGCUGGAAGUCGAGUUGACAGCCAUUGUACAGAGCAGAGAAGAACUUCCUGUCUGGGUUGUGACGAGGGAACAUUUAUGAGUCAUCUUACUGAUGACAUGAAGUGUUUUCCCUGUGUACGCUGUGAUUCAGGUUCUGGUUUGAAGAUAAAGACAGCAUGUAGGACUACAUCAGAUACAGUUUGUGAACCACUGGAGGGAUUCUACUGUCUGUUCUCUUCAGAAAACGGCUGUGUGGAAGCACAGAAACACAGAAGCUGUCAACCAGGACAAUAUAUCAGCCAAAAAGGAACAGCAUUAAAGGACACUGAGUGCUCUGACUGCAGAGAUGGAACAUUUUCAGAUGGGACAUUAUUGACAUCGUGUCAGCCACACACACAAUGUCAAUCAUUGAAUCUUCAGCUGAUAAAACCAGGAACUGCUUCAACGGAUGCUGAAUGUGGAGAACAAAGUUCAGGAGCUGUGAUCGGCGCCGUUGUGGGGGGGCUUGUGACCUGUUUAGUUGUACUCGCAAUAGCUCUGUUGUUCGUGCUGCGUCUCAAAAAGAAGAAAGACACAGGGUAUGGAUUUGAUAAAUGAACACAGAGACAGUUCAUAGGACACUGCAGAGGAAAGUUCCAGGUUCAAUGAAAUCCAGUUGGAUGCUGACACAUUGUAUGUUGUACAGAAAUGAAUCAGUCCAAGGU